AUUUUUAAAUAAUCUAUUUGGAGUGGGGUUAUUGACAGAUUCUUUCCUUAAACUCAACAUUGUUUCCUGACGCUCAUCUGAAAGAAGCUUUUGAAGAGCUGCGUUUUUGAGUUUGCAGUAAAGAAAACAUGUUUCUAUUUAUUUUUGUGUUUCUGAUCUUAGGAGACACGAAGACACACACAUUCCAGAUGAUGGCAGCUCACGGAAAACCUUGUGAUGAGACAGAGGCAACAUUUUGCAUGAAUGGAGGAACAUGCUAUAAAAUCCCUUCAAUGGAUACACUGUCCUGUGUGUGCAAUGACAACUUCAAAGGCAGCAGAUGCGAGCACUUCACGCUCCAGAGCUCCUCUCCUGAUCCAAAUGAGGCAGGGUUAAUUGCAGCUGUGGUCAUCGUAGUCAUCCUCAUAAUAGCAGUUCUGGUGGCAGUUAUCUACCAAGUGUACAGGAUGAAAACCAGGAACCAGAACCAACAGAACAAUCCACCAGAGUACUGGAAAGUAAAAUCUAAUUAUGAUCCCUCCUCCAGGUGAACACUGGCUCACCAUAUUUGAUACUAUAUUAUUGCAUGUGUUGGAUGUCAUGAAGGAAUGAUAACUCUUAAAGUCUUGUUGGACCUGGUGGCAUUUUGGAUAUAAUUUUAAAUAAGCAACAGUGAAAACCUGAUGAACCGAUCUUUGAUAAGCCAAGAUAAAGAAAUUCUAAAGAUUUCUGGAAUUCAUGUGUUUAGGUACAACGAGGCAUAAAAUGCAAACAGGAUGUAAAACUAGUUUGUUGGAGUGGGAACUUAAAUUCCCUAUGAAAUUGGAUCUUGUUUAAAAUUACAUUUCAGUGUAUUUGUCUCAGAUGUAUUUAGAAAGUAUAGAUGAACAAUGUAAAGAAAAACAUGUGAAAUGUCUGGUGUUAGUGGAAUCUUGAACACUGUAACAAUUAAUGGAUAUUCUGAAUAUUGUAGUAAAUGAAUCUUGUUAUUUUGA